UCUAUCUUUAUAAGUGCGCGACCCUGUUCCUGCUGCUCGCGUUGACUCUCUGCUUUUGUCUCAUGCCGAUCCUCUCCCUCGCCCGUCUUCUCGACGACACUUGCCUUGCUCGGUCCUUGCUUCUCGACUGAGAGAACCGGUAUCACCACACCAGAUUUCCCAGCCUUCCUCCAAGCGCCGCCACGAUGAGCGACGUCGAUAAGUCCGGCGUUGCCCAGACGGAGAACGUUUCGGGCAAGCCCCGGAGGCGCGGCUGCUUGGGCCACUGCGCCAAGUUUUGGUGGGCGUAUUUGAUCCUCGUCGUGGUCAUCGUUGUCGUUGUUGUGCCUGUGGUCCUCCUGGUCGCCGUUCCCAAGAUUGCUCAGCAGAAGCUUGAUGAUGCCGAACUCAUCCUGGACGGCAUUUCCGUGUACAACACGCAGGGCCAGAACAUGACCAUGUCGAUCAACAGCACCAUCAAGACCGACGGUUCCGUCCACGCCGACAUCGAAGGCUUUGUGGGCGACAUGUACCUCGAGGACCACAAGCCCCACACUCCGUUCGCCAGGGUCAACUUCCCCGCGACCACCGCCGAUGCUUUCCAGACGGUCAACGUUACCCAAUUCCUCCCCAUUCACGAUGUCGAGGCGUUGACCAUCUUCAACACUUGGCUGCUUGCCAACCGGACCCUGCGUGUGACGGUCCAGGGCGACACCAACGUCCGCGUGAGGGGCAUCGCGCGAAACUACCCUGUCACCUUCAAGAAGACCGUGACCACGCCUGGUCUCCGCAUGCUGGAGGGAACCGUUGUCAAUCCGGAAUGGAUCGGUAUAGAGUCGGAUGAGAAUGGCAACAACUUCAGGGCCACCACCAUCAUCCCCAACCACUCGCGUGUGUCUUUUGAACUGGGCAACACCACGUUCCACAACUACCUCUUGGGCAAGGAGGUCGGCACAGUCUUCAUCGACGGCCUCACGCUCCGCCCGGGCCUGAACGAGUACCCGAUGCGCGCCACCAUCAAGAACGACGCGGUCAUCGAGGUGCUCGGCCAGAAGCCGUACUGCGAGGAGGGGGGCGUCCUCCCCUUCCAGAUCCGCGGCAAGACGGUCGUUAAUAACGGCCAGGCGCUGCCCUACUUUGCCGACGCCCUCGCCUCUGCCAACCAGACCAUCGACAUCCCUAUUGGGGCGGCGGUGAACAAGUCGCUGGGCAUCGUCAUCCCGUGCGGUGGCCUCGGCGGUGGUGGCGAGAAGCGCAAGAGGUCGAGCCUUUUGUUUUAAAGCGCGCCUGUGUUUGUUCUUAUUCUGGCCAUUCUUAAUAUUGGGUUUUUGCGUGCGCAGUCGGCGGAUAUUAUUCUACUAUGAUGAUGACGGGAGAUACCAUGAGCUAAAGGGUCUAUGUUAUGGGAAGCAUAUGGCGCGAGUUUCUGCGUCCCGGCUGCCUGGGGCAGUGGGCGCUGAGAUGUUCGGGCUGCCAGGGACGAGCAGGCAGGCAUGUAGUUAUUAUGCACACGCGGGCCACGGCAUUGUACCGGGCCCCAGCGAGGCAAUGUUAUGCCGGAGAUCUGAUGAAUGCUGGCCCGCUGUCUGUGCGCGAGUUCAAGUGCC